AUGUCGAAGCAGCAAUUGGGCCAAGCCGCUCUAUGGAAAGCGUCCGGCAACAAAAACAUCAAGAAGCUUCGAGCCGUCAGGACCGUUUGUGGCCUGGCAAAAAGCUGGCAGAAGUGGAUAUCAGACAAUGAAAGGAGGCAGGCUACAGAGCCUAGUGGAUGGUGUCCUUCAAGUCAGGAUGACUUAUCAGAAGAACCGCAAAAGACUUGGGUCCCUCAGAAAUCCAACUCCAGCCAGAAGACAGAAGAUGCUCUGCAUGACAUGGUUGCUCCUAAAAGGGUAUCUGACCUACCAAAUGGGCCUCGGGAUAGAUCCCAGCUUGAAGAUACAAACAACUCAAAGGUACCAAUCAUUGCCUCCUCAAUCAAGGUGCAGCAAGAGAUGAAGACUGUUACUGGCGGACCGCAUGAUAGACGUGUUGGAAUUAAGUUAUUGACAAAGAGGAUUGAGAAAAGAGAAUUGGGUGAGGACGCUGACAGAUUGCUAGAGACAAAAUCCACUCCUAUUCCCCCGAGAAAGUGGCCCAACAUGCCCUCAACCUUGACCCAAACUGGGAAGCAGAUGGAGAAUGAGCAGAAGACUGCAAAUGAAGGCAGUUUGGAAGAUUUACAGAUGCUUGGUUCUGAUCCAAGGGAGCCGUGUCAACAUUCACGAUUGAAAAGGGAGACACUAAACAUUGAUGAUGAAGCAUCUCUAAGUAGUUUGACAAAAAGCUGUGAUGGAGAGCCAUCAGUCAAAAUCAAAAGGCCACAAAACCUAACGUCUGGAAAGGAAGCAGUGGAAGCCAAUAGGAUCAAAGUUCUCUCCAAGAAAUGCUGUUCGGUUGGCAUUCUCAAGACCCGCUGGCAAAACUGGGCCUCGGAACACACCGAUAACCAGAAGUUGAACCCAUUCAGUGAAUACUUUGACUAAGAAUACUCCAUGUCCUUCCGCCUCCAAAAAGGUCAAGAUGGAUACGGACGCCCCAAGGAGGGUACGAAAACAGCAGAGAGAGCCAAACGAGCCGAGAAACACAUCCACGGAGAGAUAUCCGAUCUGUGUUACGUAAUCAGGACAAUGGCUGGUCCGGAUCAAGACGGAAAGACAAGAGUUACAUUUGGAGAACUGUUUGACAGAUACGUUCGUAUCUCUGAUAAGGUGGUGGGGAUUCUGAUGAGAGCCCGAAAACAUGGGAAAGUCCACUUUGAAGGGGAAAUGCUUUGGCAAGGACGGGAUGAUGGCGUGAUCAUCACUCUGCUGGUGUGA